AUGUUCCGCAAAAGAACUUUUCUCUUCAUGACCUUCGCACUACUCGUCAUCAUCUCUCGUGCACAGGUUGAUUCAAGUGAUGAUGAUGACGACUAUUGGGCGAUUGGUUCAAGUGAUAAUGUGGAGUCAACGACAGACGGUUCUGAUGGUGAUAACGAUAAGCAAGUAGAAGUCACAGAAGAACCAGAAAAAGAAGAAGAAACUCCCACAGAAAAGCCAGAAGAAGAAGAAACUACAACGGAAGUACCAAUAGAAGAACCGAAGACAACUGAAGCUGAAUCAGCUGAAGAAGAAGAAAAGAAGACAACUCCAGCCCCAGCUCCGAUUGCACCUAGAGUUACUGCAGCUCCACAAGUCGCAGACCCUCCUCCAGCUGAGGUUGAAGACGUCGUUAAAGGAGGGAAUACAACUAGCUCCUCUACUUUCAUGAGCUAUGGAUUCGGAGCCUCCGUCGUUCUUCUGGUUGCUCUCUAG